UGUUUUUUAAACCCUUUUCAUUCAUUAGAGUUUCACCCACACACUGAUAAGCACGAGAAAUCACUUUAAUAGCUAAAUGAUCAAAACCCGCAAAGCAUCCUUAAAGGCAAAGCAGCAGGAUGUGACGGACCAAUCAGAGGACGGCAGAGACAGCAUCCAAUUAAAGAGAUGCUGGAAACCCGUUGUCGUCUGCAGAGACAUUUGCUUGAGGUCCAAAAGCAUGAGCGAUGAGCUGGCCAAGGUCUUCAUGGACAGCGAGAACGAGGAGGAAUUCCAGGGUUUCUCCGGGGAUGAAGAGGACUGGAAAAAACCUGUGAAUGGCAGGUCUGAUGAAGACAGUGACGACAACGGUUUUUAUUCUGACGGUGAGGAACCGGCGGCUAAAAGGAAGCGCAGCUCUGGACUUCGUGUUGCGUUCAAUUUUCCUGCCAAACGAAGCCCCGCCCCUAAACAGAAUACAGCCAAAAAAGGAGCAAAAGUGGCUCCGCCCAAAAGAAACAAGCCUAUCAGAGGAAACCGGACACAGCCUGAACCAGAAGAGAAAAAGGAGCCUGUUUUAAAGAAGAGCCAAUCAAAAGCCGCUGAUAACAGGAGCAGUGUGGAGAAUCUGCUGACGGAUGAAGAGAUGCAAAUACUGAGCAAAAGAGCCAAAAACAUUGAAGAAAAUAAAGCUAUGCUUGCAAAACUUUUUGCAGACUUGAGCUCUUUGCCUGAACUUCCUUCAAAAACGACACCUACAAAGAAAAGGAAGUAUUCCACUUCAAAACGCCAACUUUCAGAGGUUCAGAGCGAGAGGCGAAACCCAGGUCGCAAAGCGAGACCCCCAGAGCACUUUGGUGUAGAAGUGGAAGAGAAACCGGCUCCUCGGAGGAGAGAGAGCGGACAGAUCGACAUCAACCGCCUGAUGGAGGUUAAAGAGGGUUACGGAGACGCUCGUCCCAAACAGAGAAAGCGUCGUUCUCGUGAGUCCAUUCGUAUGCCGGAGGACAUCACAGAAGAAGAGCUGCUGAACGUCGCCGAUCGCGCCAAAGACAAGAUCCUCGAUAAAGAGAACGGCAGCACGUGUCACCAGUGCCGUCAGAAAACCCUCGACACCAAGACUGAAUGCAGAGGCCUGUUCUGCGGGGGGGUCAAAGGUCAGUUCUGCGGCCCCUGUUUACGCAACCGAUAUGGAGAAGAUGUUCGAGAGGCACUGCUGGAUCCUUCGUGGGAGUGCCCCAUCUGCCGUGGAGUGUGUAACUGCAGUCUGUGCAGGAAGCGUGACGGACGCUGUGCAACAGGAGCUCUGACCAGACUAGCCAAAUUCUACGGACACGACAAUGUCAAGGAGUACUUGGAGAGUCUUCAGAAGGACAUCGAGUGAAGACGAUCUGGAGGCGACGCAGCUUUCCUGACACUUUUAGCAUGAAAACACUGAAUGUUUGACACGGUGUUCAGCGCAGAUAUGCAAAUCAGGCCUUUCUUUUCUACUUCAUGAUGUUCUGCUGAGUUUCUACUGAUUUCUUUCUUAUUUCUGCUGUAACGAGUCGUACUGUUCUCCUGCAAACGAAGCGCAGAGAUAUCAUGAAAGCGCAACAGGCGUCUUCUAAUUUGCACAAUUUGUGUUUAUCUCUUUAACAUGUUAUUGGAAAGUAGAUUUAAUAAAGAUCCUUUUAUCUCUCAA